AUGUCACUGCGCAUGCCUGCCUGUGACAGGACGCUCGGGAAUGACGUCAGGCCCCCGCGGGUCCGCGCUCUCCGGAGCGCCAUGCUGGGCGCGUCAGGCACGGGGCUCGUGCGGGCCCUGCGGGCAGGGACGCAGGUGUGGCUGUGGGGCUCGCGCGGCCGCUCCCUCACCUUGCCGCACGCGGCCCGUGGGCUACACGCGGGAGACUGGCGGCCCUCAGCCGGGCGGGGACCGCUCGAGCGGCGGCCGAGCCUGCCUGCGGCGGCGAUCGUGAACUCGGCGCCCCGCCCUCUGCAGCCCUACCUGCGCCUCAUGAGAUUGGACAAGCCCAUAGGUGAGUGUGGACGGAUGUGGCGGUCCGGGGGCUGCGGGCGCAGUGGAAGUGAAGCCCGAAAGCCGGGGCUUGGCCGCCAGGUGCCGAAUACCGUCAAGACACCCGAACAGGGCUAUCUCCGAGGAACCUGGCUACUGUACCUGCCAUGUACUUGGAGCAUUGGUCUGGCAGCUGAACCAGGUUGUUUUCCAGAUUGGUACAUGUUAUCCCUCUUUGGCACUGGAGCUGUUCUGAUGCGUGGAGCAGGCUGUACUAUUAAUGACAUGUGGGACCAGGACUACGAUAAAAAGGUUACAAGAACAGCAAGUCGCCCAAUAGCUGCUGGAGACAUUUCAACUUUUCAAUCCUUUGUUUUUCUUGGGGGACAGCUGACCUUGGCACUGGGUGUUCUUCUGUGUCUGAAUUACUACAGUAUAGCUCUUGGAGCAGCAUCCCUACUUCUUGUCAUCACCUACCCGCUAAUGAAGAGAAUUACAUACUGGCCUCAAUUAGCCUUGGGAUUGACUUUUAAUUGGGGAGCAUUACUUGGAUGGUCUGCUGUCAAGGGCUCCUGUGAUCCAUCUGUUUGCCUUCCUCUUUAUUUUUCUGGAAUUAUGUGGACUCUAAUAUACGAUACUAUCUAUGCUCAUCAGGACAAGAGAGAUGAUGCUCUGAUCGGGCUUAAGUCCACGGCACUGCUGUUCCGUGAAGAUACCAAGCAGUGGCUCAGUGGCUUCACUGUGGCGAUGCUGGGGGCACUGAGCCUGGUGGGAGUGAACAUUGGUCAAACUGUGCCCUACUACACUGCUCUGGCUGCUGUAGGGGCCCAUCUGGCUCACCAGAUUUACACUCUGGACAUCCACAGACCUGAGGAUUGUUGGGAUAAAUUCACCUCCAACCGAACAAUAGGACUAAUAAUUUUUUUAGGAAUUGUCCUUGGGAAUUUGUGGAAAGAAAAGGAGACAGAUAAAACAAAGAAAAAUAUAGAUAAUAGAGUAGAAAAUUAGCAAAUCAAGUUUAUCUGGGGAUUUUUAAAACAAACUUUUACAAAAUACUCUCAGGUCUUAUUACCACAUAACUAGAUUUGAAUAACAGUCUUACAAUAUGUUAAUGAAUUACAAACCAGUAGAUGAAGUUGUAGAGCAUUUUUGCCUGGAUUUUAGUUCAACUAUGUACUAGUCAAAUUCUUCCCCAUCACAGAAACCAGGAACUCUUCAGGAUUUGCGAUCACCUGGAGUAUUUAAGUUAUAAUUCUCAUCUGCAGUUACAGGAAUUAUAUGAGUUUUGGCACUUUAGAAGAAAACUUGAUGUGUGUCUCAUCUAAAUGACUGUCUUUGUAGGAAAAUGGACUCUCUUUUUAGGGCAAAAUAAAAGCUGCUACAGGAAGUUGAGGCUUAUUGUUCUUUGCGUUGACCUUUACUUACUGCCAAAAGCUGUAAUUCAGGAAACCGUUCUGUUUUUUAUAUUUUAGGAGAAUUUAAAUCAGUAAAUAAAAUUUUUUACCUGUUGUACCUGUACAUACUGCUGUUUGUUACCAACCCUGACAUUUAUUUGAGAGGUCUCUGUAUACAACCAUAGUGACCAGAAUGGGCAGACAGUCACUAAUGAUGAUUUUAAUUUCUAUUUAUUUAUUUUUUAUCUCAGGUGAUUGUAAUUGAUAGGAUAGCGGUAUGUUGGCUAGGUGUAGUAACUGUUUUUUCCUUACCCCCUUCAGAAUAUUCUCAACACAGCAGCCACAAUGAUUUUCUUAAAACCUCUAUAAGGUCAUGUCAUUCUUCUUCUCAGAACCCUCCAGGAUCUUCCCAGGUCACUCAGUACAAGCUAAAAGUCUUGUCACCUGCUAGGCCCACCAUGAUCUGGCCUUGUCUGUGGCUCCUCCACUCACACCCCUCUGCAGCCCUGCUGGCCUCCACACUGCGCCUCAACAGGCUGGACAGACUCAACCGAGGGCCUUUACAUGUACAAUUUCCUUUGCCUACAGUGCUCUCCUUGAAUUAUGUCUUAGUCCUUCACUGCAGGUCUUUUCCUAAAUGUCACCUUCUCAAAGAGGCUUUUCUUAGCCAUUGUUUCUAAAAUUUCAUUUACAGGGGCUUCCCUGGUGGUACAGUGGUUAGGAAUCUGCCUGCCAAUGCAGGGGACACGGAUUCCAGCCCUGGUCCGGGAAGAUCCCACAUGCUGCGGGGCAACUAAGGCCGUGCACCACAACUACUGAGCCUGCGCUCUAGAGCCCACGAGCCACAACUACUGAAGCCCACGCGCCUAGAGCCUGUGCUCUGCAACAAGAGAAGCCACCGCAGUGAGAAGCCCGCACACCGUCACGAAGAGUAGCUCCCGCUCGCCGCAACUAGAGAAAGCCCACGCGCAGCAACGAAGACCCAAUGCAGCCCAAAAUAAAUAAAUUUUAAAAAAUAAAUAAAAUAUAUUGAAAAAAUU